AUUACUUGACACUUGAGUGAGAUCAGCAGAACCACCAAAAUGGUAUUAUCAUCACUCUCUCUGGUUCUCAUUCUAAGUUUUCUUCCCCUUUUACUAUUAUUCUUCUUCCAUAAACACAAUCCUAUUAACCUUCCACCAGGUCCAAAAGGCCUUCCCAUAAUAGGGAAUCUCCAUCAACUCAAUAGUUCUUCUCUUUAUCUUGACCUAUGGAAGCUCUCAAAGAAAUAUGGACCCUUGUUUUCUCUGAAACUAGGCCACAGAACUGUGCUUGUUGUUUCAUCCCCUAAAAUGGCAAAAGAAACACUAAAGGACCACGAUGUUGAGUUCUCUGAUAGACCUUCUUUGUUCAGCCAGCAAAAACUAUCUUACAAUGGGAUAGAGUUGAUUUUCUCUUGUUACGGAGAUUAUUGGAAAGAGAUCAGAAAAAUCUGUGUAGUUCAUAUAUUUAGUGCCAGAAGGGUUUCAAGUUUCUCGUCUAUAAGACACUACGAGGUUCGACGAUUGAUUCAGAAGAUCUCAAAACAUGCAGAUUCAUCUAAGGUCACGAACUUGAAUGAGCUUUUGAUGUCUGUUACAAGUACCCUGAUUUGCAGGGCUGCUUUUGGGAGAAGCUACGAGGAGGAAGGAGUUGAAAGGAGCAGGUUCCAUGGGAUGCUUAACGAGUUGCAAGCCAUGAUGGGCAGCUUCUUCUUGUCAGAUUAUAUUCAUUUCACUGGGUGGAUAGAUAGCCUCAGAGGAUUGACUAGUCGGCUUGAGAAGAAUUACAAGGAGUUAGAUGCAUUUUAUAAAAAGGUCAUUGAUGAUCAUCUUGAUCCUCAAAGGCAUAAGCCACAAGAAGAAAAUAUUAUUGAUGUCUUGCUUCACCUCAAGAAGCAGAGAUGGUUUUCAUUUCAUCUCACUUUGGAUCACAUCAAAGCUUUACUCAUGGUAAUUCUCCAAUUUUAUUUUAUUUAUUUAUACAUAUAAUGCCCGAAGCUAUAA